CCGCCCCAUCGCCAUUGAGCCGUCCAUUUGCGUAUCCGCUGGUCCUCGAUCCCCCGAAUCCAUCUCCGCAUCUCUCCACACAUGGCGCCCGUAAAUGCCCCUGCACCGCAGGGCCCGGGCCCGUUUCCCGUCCAGAUUCCCGCAGACACCAGCAACUCGCUCUGGGACCGCCUCUCGAAUUGGGCCGCCGACAACAAGGGCGUUGUAUACACAAUCGCCGGCAUAACGCUCGUCGUCGGCGCGGGCGGCGUCGUGUACUACUUUUCGAACGAUUCAAGAGGCGACGGCGGAGCAGACACAGCAGCCACCAAGCGCAAGAGGCAACGCGAGCGCAAGCGUGCGAAAGAGCGGGCUGAGAAGGACUCGACGCCGGAAAAGGCCGCUGAGAGGAAGGCAUCCGUUGCCGACACAGCCGAAGAACAACUCCCCGAAGUCGACGAAAACAGUGUGACUGUAUUAUCCGACGAGGAGCGCAAGGACUAUGCCGCCAAGCUCAAGGCCGCAGGAAACAAGGCUUACGGUUCCAAAGACUACAACCGCGCCAUUGAGCUGUACGGCAAGGCCAUUCUCUGCAAGCAAGACCCCGUCUUCUACUCGAACCGCGCUGCAUGCUACAACGCCAUGUCGGAAUGGGAAAAGGUCAUUGACGACACCACCGCCGCCAUCAACCUCGACAACGAAUACGUCAAGGCGCUGAACCGGAGAGCAAACGCCUACGAACAAGUCGAGCGCAACAGCGAGGCCCUUCUAGACUACACCGCGAGCUGCAUCAUUGAUGGAUUCCGCAACGAGAACAGCGCCCAGAGCGUUGAACGUCUGCUCAAGAAGGUGGCCGAAGCCAAGGGCAAGGCCAUCCUGGAAGCCAAGGAGAAGAAGCUGCCCAGCCCGACUUUUGUCACAAACUACCUACAGAGCUUCCGGCCAAAGCCCACACCGGAAGGCCUCGACGACGAUGCCGAGCUUGACGAGGAGAGUGGCAAGGGCCAACUGCGCAAGGGACUAAAGGCCAUGGCUACCAAGACUGGCGAUGGCUACACUGAGGCUGCCGCCGCCUUUGACCGCGCACUGGAACUUGGUGAUCUUGGUGAUCUUGAGGCAUUUGCGUAUAACAUGCGUGGAACCUUUAGCUACCUCAAGGGUGACAACGAAGACGCCCUCAAGGACAUGGACAAGAGCAUUGAGCUCCAGCCCACACUAACUCAGAGUUUCAUCAAGCGCGCCAGCAUGCACCUUGAGCUGGCCAACCCAGAGGCGGCCGAAGCCGACUUUGCUGCUGCUCUUGAACAAAACUCGAGUGACCCAGACAUCUACUACCAUCGCGCACAACUGCACUUCAUCAAGUCCGAGUUUGGUGAGGCCGCCAAGGACUACCAGAAGUCGAUCGACCUGGACAAGGACUUUAUUUUCUCGCACAUUCAACUUGGUGUUACACAAUACAAGAUGGGCAGCAUCGCCUCAUCCAUGGCCACUUUCCGCCGUUGCAUGAAGAACUUUUCUCAAGUACCCGAUGUAUACAACUACUACGGUGAGCUGCUGCUCGACCAGCAAAAGUACCAGGAGGCCAUUGAGAAGUUCGACACUGCGGUUGAGAUGGAGAAGACAACCAAGCCCCUCGGCAUGAACGUCCUGCCGCUGAUCAACAAAGCUCUCGCCCUCUUCCAAUGGAAGAACGAUUUCGACGAGGCCGAGAAGCUGUGCGAGAAGGCGCUUAUCAUCGACCCAGAAUGCGAUAUUGCCGUCGCUACCAUGGCACAGCUGCUAUUGCAACAAGGCAAGGUUACAGAGGCGCUCAAGUACUUUGAGCGUGCGGCAGAGCUGUCGAGAACAGAGGGUGAGAUUGUCAACGCACUCAGCUAUGCGGAGGCGACAAGGACGCAACUUGAGGUGCAAGAAAAGUACCCCAAGCUGGCUUCGCGACUGGGCGCCAUGGGCGCUGCCGCCGGAGGCUUUGGCGGAGGCAUGCGAUAAGCAAGAGAGAAACAAAAAAAAGCCGCUCUGUCGCUCUCUUCCUGGCUGCGUCAGCAACCAUGUUCAGUCUUUUGGGCUUCUCUGACGACGCUUUGUUCACCGUGUGUAUUUAGUAUCUCUCUGGUUGAGGGUUGAAGGGCUGUGUUGGUUGCCAAGUAUGACAUGAGCUGGGUUGCUUAUUUGUCUGUCUGUUUGUUUGUUUAUUAGUUGUGUGAGUGUGUGUGUGUGUAUGAGUGAGACUGUUGGCAUGAGUGCAGUCCAAGAGAUUCUAAACCAAAAAAGGCGUUGAUAAUGUGACAUCUCCUACUCUGGGCUGGCCAUGUAUGAAUGGUACUUGUAUACAUGAUAUAAUGACUGGCUUCAAUUAACAUUGAUUAUAUUAUACCCG